GUCAAGGAAGUCGGUCAGGAGUUUAAAAAAUGGAAAACGCGAAGCGAAAACUUUAGAAACUGACGAAAGUAACUUGAAUUCGGGACUAGUCCGGCCAACAGCCGACGACUAUGCUUGUGAAUAAAUCAUGUUUUAUCACAUGAAGAAGUGCACCGAUAACGUCCUUUGAAAGGAUGGCAGGUAUUGUUACGUAUUUGAAGCAGGGACUGAAGAUUGACGUCCUCAGAGAAGCUGGACGUCAGUAUCCAGUCGUUUGCUUUCUGCUGCUGUCUAUGGUCUCGCUGACUGUGCUGCUCAACAGGUAUAUCCAUAUCCUGAUGGUGUUCUGGUCAUUCCUGGCUGGUGUCAUCACUUUCUAUUGCUCCCUUGGACCAGAGACCCUUCUCCCAAAUAUCCUCUUUGCUAUAAAGCCAAGGAACAAACAGCAGGAGCAGGAGUUGUUUCCUCUGGGCCACAGCUGUGCCGUGUGUGGGAAGGUCAAGUGCAAACGUCACCGGCCGACGCUGCUCCUUGAAAACUAUCAGCCAUGGUUGGACCUGAAGGUUCAUUCAAAAGUGGACGCUUCCAUCGCAGAGGUGUUCGAGUUAGUCCUCGAGAACUUUGUGUACCCCUGGUACAGGGACAUCACAGAUGAUGAAGCGUGUGUGGAUGAAGUGAGGAUGACCUUUCGCUUCUUCGCAUCAGUGCUCGUCCGCCGGGCUCAGAAGGUUGAUGUUCCUGCUGUGUUUGCAGACAAAGUGAUGAAAGCUGCAAUGAAGCAUAUUGAAAUUAUUGCAAAAGUUCAUGAAAAAGUGAAGAGCACGGAGAGUUUACAGCAGGCAGCUCUGGAUGAAUAUGGCGCUGACCUUCACAUCGCACUGCGCAGUCGAAGAGACGAACUGCUCUACCUGAGGAAGCUGACUGAGAUCCUGUUUCCCUACGUCAUGCCUCCCAAAGCGACAGACUGCAGGUCCCUGGCUCUGCUGCUGCGGGAGGUGAUGGCUGGAUCUGUUAUGUUACCAACCAUGGACUUCAUGGCUGACCCUGAUACUGUGAACCUCAUGGUGCUCAUAUUUGUUGACGACACUCCACCAGAACCAGCCACAGAGCCUCCGUCUGCCCUGGUUCCAUUUUUACAGAAAUAUGCAGACGUCAGCAACAAGAAGCCGUCUGUGCUGAAGUUGGAGCUGAAGCAGAUCAGGGACCAGCAGGAUCUCCUUUUUCGUUUCAUGAACUUCCUGAAGCAGGAAGGAGCGGUGCAUGUGCUGCAGUUCUGCCUCGCUGUGGAGGAGUUUAACGAUAAGAUCCUGAGUCCGGAGCUGAGUGACUCAGAGCUGCAGCGUCUACACGGCGAGGUGCUGCACAUCUAUGAGACCUACUGCCUGGAUGAAAGCAUUGACAAGAUCAGCUUUGACAAGUUCAUUGUGGAGGAGAUAAGGAACAUCGCUAAAGGUCCGUACACUGGCGUGGUGAAGCUGCAGACGAUGCGCUGCCUGUUUGAGGCGUACGAACACGUCCUGUCUCUGCUGGAGAGAGUCUUCACCCCGAUGUUCUGCCACAGUGAUGAAUACUUCAGACACCUGCUGAGAGGAGCAGAGUCUCCAGCACGGAACAACAGGAUCAACAGAAAUAGCUUCAGUUUGGAAGAAAACAGAAACAUGUCAAAACGGGGGGAGUCGUUCGGGAUCAGCAGGAUCGGCAGCAAAAUCAAAGGUGUGUUCAAAAGCACGACAAUGGAGGGAUCCAUACUGCCGCCGAGCGCCAUGAACGACUUCGACGAUGAUUUGGUGGAGGAGGCGACCGUCGUGAUGGAGGACGACUCCCCCGCCGAGCCGGCCAGCACCCCGGGCAUCCUGAGGAACCUGUCGGCCUGGAGCAUCACCAUCCCCUACAUCGACAUCUACGACGACGAGGUCAAGAGGGAGAAGGUCCCCGUCUUCUGCAUCGACGUGGAGCGCAAUGACAGGAAGGAAGUUGGUCAUGAAACCGAGAAGUGGUCGGUCUUCAGAAGAUAUCUGGAGUUCUACGUUCUAGAAUCCAAACUCACAGAGUUCCACGGCACAUUUGCAGAUGCGCAGCUUCCAUCCAAAAGGAUUAUUGGACCAAAGAAUUACGAGUUUCUCACAUCAAAAAGGGAAGAAUUUGAAGAAUAUUUGCAGAGACUCUUGCAGCAUCCAGAGCUCAGUAACAGUCAGCUGCUGGCAGACUUCCUGUCUCCUCACAGCAUGGAGUCUCAGUUCCUGGAUAGGAUGCUGCCUGAUGUCAACCUGGGAAAAAUUUUCAAGUCUGUACCGGGGAAGCUGAUAAAAGAGAAAGGACAGAACCUGGAGCCUUUCAUCCAGUCCUUCUUCAACUCCUGUGAGUCGCCCAAACCCAAACCCAGCAGGCCUGAGCUGACCAUCCUCAGCCCCUCUGCCGAGAACAACAAGAAGCUCUUCAGCGAACUGUUCAAGAAUAACGCAAACCUGUCCGAGAGUUUGGAGAAGAAACACAACCACAACUACUUCAUGGAAAUGGUCACUGUUGACGGCAUGUACGACUACAUGAUGAACGUCGGGCGGACGGUGUUCAACAUAUCCGACUGGCUGCACCACCUCAUGGCCGCAGGCAGGAUCCUGCUGAAGAACACGUUCGAAGCCUACAUGGACCAGUACAUGCAGUCCAAACUGGAGCAGAUCCUGCAGGAGCACCACAUGGUCUCGCUCAUCACACAGCUCAGAGACGCCGUGUUCUGUGAGAGCAGCGAGGAGCGAACCACAGAGGACAAACAAGCCAGAGCCAAGCAGACGUUUGAGGAGAUGAUGAAGUAUUUACCAGACUUUGUGGGAAAAUGCAUCGGCGAGGAGGCCAAAUACAAAGGCAUCCGGCUCCUGUUCGACGGUUUCCAGCAGCCGCUUCUCAACAAGCAGAUGACCUACGUCCUGCUGGACAUCGCCGUGCAGGAGCUUUUUCCUGAACUCAACAAGAGCACGAAGGAAGCGAUCAUCAUGUGAACAAGACGAUGUACCGAACACUGUAUCCACACAUCUCCCACAUCCUGCAUUACGAAGUGCAAUACUCAUCUCCAAAACCUCUGGGACCACCUUCACAUUCCAAUGUAUAUUAGUGCACUAAUAAAAUAAUAUAUAUUUAUUGAUGCCACAGAAGACGCUGUCUGUCAUCUU